AUGGGCCAGCAAAACCCCCCGGCGGGAGGAUCGCGGAAGAUCUCCUUUAACGUGUCCGAUCAAUACGAGAUCCAGGAUGUUAUCGGUGAAGGUGCUUACGGUGUCGUCUGCUCCGCCAUUCACAAGCCCUCCGGCCAAAAGGUCGCCAUCAAAAAGAUUACUCCGUUCGACCACUCCAUGUUCUGCCUGCGUACAUUGCGCGAGAUGAAGCUGUUGCGGUACUUUAACCACGAGAACAUUAUCUCCAUCUUGGAUAUCCAACGGCCCCGCAACUAUGAGGGUUUUAACGAAGUGUACUUGAUUCAGGAAUUGAUGGAGACUGACAUGCAUCGAGUCAUUCGCACACAAGAUCUGUCCGACGACCACUGUCAAUACUUUAUCUACCAGACACUGCGUGCCCUCAAGGCAAUGCACUCCGCCAAUGUUCUCCACCGAGACCUGAAGCCGUCUAACUUGCUGCUCAAUGCCAACUGUGAUUUGAAAGUGUGUGAUUUCGGCCUGGCGCGAUCGGCCGCCUCCACUGACGAUAACUCUGGGUUCAUGACGGAAUACGUGGCCACCCGCUGGUAUCGUGCACCGGAGAUCAUGUUGACAUUCAAAGAAUACACCAAAGCUAUUGAUGUUUGGAGUGUGGGCUGUAUCCUGGCCGAGAUGCUUAGCGGCAAGCCUUUGUUCCCCGGAAAGGACUACCACCACCAAUUGACCCUGAUUCUGGACGUUCUCGGGACACCCACCAUGGAAGACUACUACGGCAUCAAAUCCCGAAGAGCGCGCGAGUACAUCCGCUCGCUCCCCUUUAAAAAGAAGAUCCCCUUCCGCGCCCUCUUCCCCAAGAGCAACGACCUGGCCCUGGACUUGCUCGAGAAACUCCUCGCCUUCAAUCCCGUUAAGCGUAUCUCCGUCGAGGAUGCCCUGCGCCACCCGUACCUGGAGCCGUACCACGAUCCGGAGGAUGAGCCCACCGCGCCCCCGAUUCCCGAGGGAUUCUUUGACUUUGACAAGAACAAAGAUGCGUUGAGUAAGGAGCAAUUGAAAGGACUCAUCUAUGAGGAAAUCAUGCGAUAA